ACGAUUUUCCUCUUAAUACUGUAAAAUAACUGAAUAUUACUCGCCAAUUAUUCCUAUUUUAUUGUAAGUGUCAAUGAAAAAGUGAAGAUAGCGAACUGGACUACCGGUUUCAGUGAUUAGGUGUUCCAGAAAGGAUCUACCGUGCAGGUCCUAUCAGUUAGAUAUUCCAAGGCACUAAUUGCGAGUAAAACGCGGGGAACAACUUAACUGCAGAUUAAUCUAAUUAAUCGAAAGGAUCCUAACCGUAACAGUACUGGUCUGUUUUAUUGUCGGCUAGAUUUUCGCAACACAAGGAACCAUGACCCUUUGCAUGCGUUGCAAUAAACUAACACUCGAGCUGGAGGUGGCCAAUAAAACGAUCAGCAUACUGAACGAAGCAUACGAUGAGCUCAACGAAAAAUAUGUAUCCCUGUUAGAAAUGACCAAACAUGACAAUAGAAUCAAGGAGAGAAUCGAAACAAUAGAAACCGAUCAAGAGGAAUUGAUUCAAAACGACCCACAGCAAUGUACCUUAAUGCCGGUGGAUUCGCUGGAAGACUUGAAGCGCUUAGAGGCAUCUGCUUCCUCGGAGGAGUUCGUGAGAGUCAUACGGUCCGAGUUCGCCCAGAAACACAAAGAUCUUCCACGGGAAAACGGCGACAGCAUAAGUUAUCAGGUAAUCGAUCUAUUUUUCACGCGAGCAUUUCUGACAUUGUGUUCCUGGACCGGAACAAUGAAACAUGGACCUGGGGAGGAAAGUAGACACUCCAAAAUCCCAAUGGUUUCAUUCACGAAUACAAUACAGCUGUUUUAUCAAAUUGUUAACGAUGUGGAUCCGAGUUACACUCUAGAAAAAACCGAAAACUUCAUCAAGAAAUGCUGCAGGCAUGCUUUACAGCGACUGAAACAUAAACGAAUGAGAAAAUCGGUCGCUAAGCCAAGAGGGAAGAAGAAUACCAACAACCUCGUGAUUCAGCGCCGGCAACGGGGCAAAGCAGCGGCAAUUAAUUCCAUCCAACAACCAAGUGAAGAACCACAAAACAAUGUCCUUCUGCAACAGUGCGAAAUAAGCCAAAAUAAUUUAAUUCAACCCCAAAUCGUUGCGUCGGAAAAUAAUAUGAUACAUAUUCGCUUCGCCGUACUACCAUAGAAAGACGUCCACGUCGAGGAUCCUUUCCUUACGAUAUUCGCCAAAGCAACCAUGGUAGCCUUCAGAAGGGCACUCACCAAGCCUGCCACAGCAUUUUUAUAUCAAUUGCUGACCCGAAAAGCGGAUUCAUGGGAAGCAGAAUCAAUGUGGGUAUUUUGUGCAUUUCAAAGCGCAAAUACUCACUCCCAGUAUAACGGCUGUUUUGCAUUCCAACUUUUCCACGUACGAACAGCAAUCUCAACAUGUCAAGGAUAUAGCGACAGCUUUAUCCGAUGAACACUGUUCUUUCGAAUUCCUCUUCCCUGUAAGCGGCCAAAUAUGUCCUGAACGAGUGGAGUAGCCUUAUUUAUGACGAUUAACGUCGUCUCGAUCUCACUACAGUAGUGCAUAAGAAAAUCUUUGAAUGCUUUAUUGGUUGAAUAGUUCUAUGAAGGAGUUCUCUCCUUCUAAAAAACGUGCCUGAUA